AUGUCAUCGCACGACCCAUCGAAACCAUCGUCGUAUCUCAUGUACUACGAUGUAAAUAAUCUGUACGGUUGGGCAAUGUGUCAACCAUUGCCCUAUGCAGAUUUUCGAUGGGUCAGCGACAUAACAAAUUUUAAUGUUAUGAAUAUCGCGGAUUCACCAAUAGGCUAUAUUCUCGAGGUUGAUCUAGAGUAUCCGCAACAUUUACAUGACGCGCACGCCGACUUACCAUUCUGUCCAACGCGUGAUAAGCCACCCGGUAAGAAGCAAGAAAAGCUCCUCGCGACUUUGCACAACAAGAAGCGAUACGUCAUUCAUUAUCGCAAUUUGCAGCAAUGUACUCGUCAUGGUCUCC